GACACAGAAACCGCAAGAGAGCAAAACUUGAAGGAGAAGAAGAAUAAGAAGAAGCAAAAGGAGGAGGUAGCCGAAGAAGAAUAUCAAAUACACUCAAAUGCUCACGUUUGUGAUCAUAUUUUGAGAAAGCAGAAAAUUCUUCAAUUUUUUCGAAGCACCAUUUCGUUUUGGUUCGCGUCGCUUGGUCUAGAGAAUGAAUCCGUUGAACCUAGCCAGCACAAGCGCACCUCCUCCUCCUGUUGCCAAUGAUCUCUUGGCGAAGCGAAAGAGAGGUCGUCCCCGAAAAGAAGAAUCCUCAACUCAACAAGAAAACCCUCAAGUGACUCCAAAACUUGACAUUAAUUUGGUUGGUCAGAUGGUUUCUGGUGUCGUCGAAGGAUCAUUCGACGCAGGAUACAUCCUCAAUGUCAAGGUCAAAGACAGCGACACGAAACUGAGAGGUCUCGUGUUCAAACCAGGGAAAGUCACUCCGGUAACUCCAGAAAACGACGUCGCUCCUCGUGUCAAAAUGUUCUCAAGAGAAGAAAUCAAGAAUCAAAAUGGCCAUGAUCAUCAGUCUCUGCCUCCUAACGAUCAACCAAUGAAAGAUGCUGUCGCUGGUGUGAAGAUUUCUGAACCUGCUCCAGCUUUGUCUCUGAAGCCACAAGAGAGCAACGGUGAAGCAUCCGGUGUUCAAGCGAAAGAAGCCAUGAUCGAGAAAGAUGGAGUUACUGAGAAACAAGAAGCUGCAACGACUCGUUUGGUGGAGUUUUUUCCAACUCCAGAGACGGUGACUCUGACUCCUGCUCAACCUAUUAAUCUUGUCUUGGCACAGAAAGAGACUACAGAGCAACAGAAACCACCUGGUGAGACUCGUGGGUUUGAUCUUAUGGCGGAGGAACCGGUUUGUCCGGGAGAGAAAGUGCCAGAGGAGCUUCAGCUUGAGCUUGGAAACAAGACAAAAAUAUUGAAUGGAGACAGCAACAAAAUGGAGACAGAUCCUAAGAGCUCUGUGUCGAAGAGUGGCUUUAUAGCAAACUUGUUUGAAGGAGAAGACAAGAAGGUUGACUGCGACAUGGUUGAAGAAGAUGCUACUCCAUCAGUGAAGUAGUUUAGACUCCAUUUGGUUAUUUUCAGUUAUUUAUACAACAGACUCUUUCUAUUUUUCUUCUGUUUCAGAUCUUAUUU